AUGCAAGUUCUUGAAUUUGAGAGCCCAAAUGUCAGUGAUUCCUUAAUGGCUUACGGGACUGGGCUUUAUUCCAGUAAUGGCUUGCUUUGCGUCGAACUCUUUGGUGAAUCUCAACGCUCCCUUUGGUUGUGGAAUCUAGCCAUUAGAAAGGUCCAUCAAGUGCCAAAAUCUCUGAACAAGUAUGAGGGUGAGUCCUUUUCUGUAGGAUUUGGGUUCAGCUCAAUCGUCAAUGAUUACAAGAUAGUGAAACUUUUCAUGUCUGAUUUUUUGGUUGCUCGAGUGGAAGUGUAUGCAUUAAGGACAGGGUUAUGGACAAAUGUUGAACCCGGGAACUUAGAGGUGGUCUGUGUUAGCCAUCCUGGCGCUUUCAAUUGUAAUGGAGCUAUCUUUUGGGUUGGGAUGAAGGAAGGUGUGGAGGAGGGCAGAAAAAUAGUUUCAUUUGACAUAGGAAUGGAACUUGUCUUCGGAGUUGAAUACCCAUUUGGAGGUGAACCGGAGAAUUAUGAAGGAAACGUUGUUUUGUGCAAUGUCACUACUGAUGAAUUCAACAUGUUUUCUAUCCCAAAAUGGAGAUUUUAUGGUCAGAAUUUUGAUUACGUGGAAAGCCUUGCACUGCUCGACAACAUCCAUAUUUGA